AUGCAGGCCCCGCAGCAGGCCCCGCCGCAGCCCAGCGGCGCGGCGCAGUCGCCGCUGCUCCGGAUCCGCGCGGGCAUCGAGUCGGGGAGCGUGGCUGAGGUGCAGGCUGGCGUGCAGGAGGCCGACAUAAAUGGCGUGGAGCUCGCCCCGAACGUCCGCCAGAUGAUCACGCAGUGGCUCUCCGUCAACGCCCCCGGCAGCGCCAUGCCGGCGGCCGCGCCCGCGGAGGGGCAUACGGGGUGGAGGGGGGGUCGCCAUGAGGCGAACGGGCCCCGAGGCGAACGGGCCCCGAGGGGAACGGGUCCCGCCUCGUCCUCACCCUGCCUGCUCCUCAUUAAAUUGCUCGUCGACCUCCUGCUCCCUGCUCCCGAUCCCGCCUGCGCUCGUGCUGCUGCAGUUCUUGCUUCCGCUCCUGCUCGUGAUCCAGGGCCGCCAGGAAACGACUCAGUGGAAGAGACUACCUCGGCCGCGUCGUGGUCUGCACCCGCCUGCGACGAGCCGCAUUUCCAGGACCCCGACGAGGAGCACAUUACGCCCUGAGAUCCGCUGUCGCGACAAGAAUGCAGCAUCGUGCGAAACAGCGACCGGACACCUGGACCCCGGCUUUCUCUGCAGCAUCUCUCGCGCCAGACCGGAUCCCCGUGCGGUGCGGACCGUGCGGUGAGGUCUUCGGAAUUUCGAGGUCACAGCAUGGCCUGUCACCGAGCAGUUUUGUGACCCCCCAUCUUCGCGCUAUUCCCCAC